AGGAGGUGGAGCAGUUGCGAAAACCUGCGGCCCAGCUGCGAGCUUUCCCCGGCAGCGGACCGAGCAGUGGAGGGGCUCUUGGCACCUUCCCAGCCUGCGCCCAGAUGCUGCGCGCCCUGACCAGCGGCCUGCGCCUUCCACGCCCCUGGAGGCCCCUUCGCACGCGCAGCUGCGCCUCCCACGGAGCUACCGGCGACCCCGAGAUCCAAGUGCGCGCCCUGACCGGCCGCGACCAAGGAAUCACUGAGAUUCUGAUGAAUAGACCGAGUGCCCGCAAUGCCCUGGGGAACAUCUUGGUCAGCGAGCUGCUGGAAGCUCUGGCCCAGCUACGGGAGGACCAGCAAGUGCGUGUUCUGCUAUUCAGAAGUGGAGUGAAGGGUGUGUUCUGUGCAGGUGCAGACCUGAAGGAGCGGGAGCAGAUGAGUGAGGCAGAAGUGGGGAUCUUUGUCCAGCGGCUCCGAGGCCUGAUGAAUGAGAUUGCAGCCUUCCCUGCGCCCACUAUUGCAGCUAUGGACGGGUUUGCCUUGGGCGGAGGCCUGGAACUCGCCCUGGCCUGUGACCUCCGAGUGGCAGCUUCCUCAGCUGUCAUGGGGCUGAUCGAGACAACCCGAGGGCUCCUCCCCGGAGCAGGAGGGACUCAGAGGCUGCCUCGAUGCCUGGGGGUGGCCCUGGCAAAGGAGCUCAUCUUCACAGGCCGAAGACUGAGUGGUGCCCAGGCCCAAGCCCUGGGGCUGGUGAACCACGCUGUUUCCCAGAAUGAGGAGGGCAACGCCGCCUACCAUCGGGCACGGGAACUGGCCCAGGAGAUCCUGCCCCAGGCACCCAUUGCUGUGCGGCUGGGCAAAGUAGCCAUUGAUAGAGGAAUGGAGGUGGACAUCUCAUCAGGGAUGGCCAUUGAAGGAAUAUGCUACGCCCAGAACAUCCCCACUCAGGACCGCCUAGAGGGCAUGGCAGCCUUCAGGGAGAAGCGGCCCCCCAGAUUUGUUGGCAAGUGACUCCCAUUUAACUAUAAGCAUGGGAGACGCCUGCCUUCCAGGGCAGGAUCCAGAAGGAAAAUUAGCAGGGUGACUGUUCAUCAUUUCACCUCUCUGGGCUUCAGUCUCCUCACAAGGACAAGGACAGAUAUAAAACCACUGGAACGGUGUCUGACACCACGGUACUGCUGAUGUCACCUACAGCUACAUUCCUAAUCCGUCAUCCUGGCUAGAUAAUCACUGGGGUCAAGUUGGCUUUGGAGAGUAUGUCUCUCCCUACUCAAACGGUAAACUAACGAUUAAAACAGACCACUCUGGGACUUCGUAUUAUUGGCUCUCAGGCCUGACCUCUGCCUCUCAGUUAUCGGGUGCUCACCAGAGAUGGCAAAUGUUGUAAGAACCCUCCAGUUUCUUUCUCUGUACAACAGAGAUAAUACAGAAACCCUGGUAGUGGCUAAACAGGCAUCAGGAAUCAGACUGCAGAUCCCAGCUCUCUGCCAUUCAUUGUGUGCCUCAGCUUCCUCAUCUGCAAAAUGAAACUGCUGUGAGGAUUAAAAAAAAAGCCUAUGCCUCAUGUUCAAUAAACCUGAGUUAUGAUUGAUUAA